AGUCCAUGUCUCCUUCCAUGAUCCAUGCACGGAGGGAGUGUUGCGCACGUGUGCUCCUUGCUGGCUUCCUUCGUUCUUCUCGUACUUACUUGGUGAAUGUAUUUCAAGUCAAACCGGUCCCGGGCCCAGAACGACCUGUGAUCAUCCAUCGGAGUGUAUGUAUCUUGUGUUUAGCAUUGGGUUGAAAACAAAACGAGUCGGAUAACUGUCCUGUCUGCCGAUUCUUCAGUCUUCAACGUUAUUGUCGACUUUUUUGGAGCUGAGCGUGUAAAACGAAGGCCACGAUGACGGUCUUGCGCGUGUUGUUGCCCAGGGCGCGUCCUUCUCAUUUGGCCUUUCGAAAUGUCUUGCUCCAUUCUCAGGCCUUAUCUGGAUGCUCCUCCUCUUAUCAGUAUUCCACCAAAACGGAGUACAAACCCAUUAAGAGCGUUCUGGUGGCCAAUCGAGGUGAAAUCGCCAUCCGGGUUUUCCGAGCAUGUACCGAAUUGGGCAUUCGAUCUGUGGGCAUCUAUUCGGAGCAAGAUAAGAUGCACAUGCACCGACAAAAGGCCGAUGAGGCCUACUUGAUCGGUAAAGGCUUGGAACCGGUCCAGGCCUACUUAAACAUUCCCGAAAUCAUCCGAGUGGCAAAAAACAAUGGGAUCGAUGCCAUUCAUCCCGGUUACGGCUUUCUGUCCGAGCGGUCGGAUUUUGCUGCCGCUUGCGAGGAGAACAAUAUCGCUUUCAUCGGACCUUCCGCCCACGUCAUGGCUAAAAUGGGCGACAAAGUGGCCGCCCGACAAUCCGCUAUCAAAGCGGGGUUGCCCAUUAUUCCGGGCACUGAUAAUGCUGUCACUAACGGCAAGGAAGCCUUGGCUUUUUGUGAACAACACGGCGUGCCCGUGAUAUUUAAGGCGGCCUUUGGCGGCGGUGGUCGUGGGAUGAGGGUAGUGACUCGAUUGGAGGAUGUCGAAGAACAAUUCGAGCGGGCCCAUUCCGAGGCUGUGAAGUCAUUCGGCAAUGGAGCCAUUUUCAUCGAGAAAUUCGUCCAAAACCCACGGCAUAUCGAGGUCCAAGUGAUGGGGGACAAGUCGGGCAACAUUGUUCAUCUGUUCGAGCGCGAUUGUUCCGUUCAAAGGAGACAUCAAAAGGUUGUAGAAAUUGCCCCCGCCCCGAAUUUGCCGGUUGAAAUUCGCGAUGCAAUCCUCAAAGAUGCCGUUCAUCUGUGCGAGUCCGUGGGAUAUUCUAAUGCCGGAACCGUGGAGUUCCUGGUCGAGCCCAAGACCGGCAAACAUUACUUUAUGGAGGUCAAUGCCCGUCUUCAAGUGGAGCACACCGUGACCGAAGAAGUGACUGGUGUGGAUCUGGUCCAAACUCAGAUCAAAGUGGCUGAAGGUCUGACCUUGCCUGAAUUGGGCAUGGAUCAGAGUUCCAUUGGAUGCUCGGGAUAUGCGAUCCAAUGUCGCUUGACGACCGAGGAUCCUGCCAAAAGUUUCCAACCGGAUACCGGUCGAAUUGAAGUAUUCCGCUCGGGAGAAGGCAUGGGUAUUCGAUUGGAUAGUGCUUCGGCCUUUGCUGGGGCCAUUGUUUCCCCUCAUUAUGACUCGUUGUUGGUCAAGGUGAUUGCCAAAGCCAACACUCUGAAGGCCACGGCAGCUAAAUUGAAUCGUUCCCUGAAGGAAUUCCGGAUCAGAGGGGUUAAGACGAAUAUUCCGUUUCUUUUGAACGUGUUGGAACAUCCCAAGUUUUUGAACGCCGCUGUGGACACACGAUUCAUAGACGAGAAUCCCCAACUCUUCAACUUCCAACCGUCUCAAAAUCGAGCCCAGAAACUGCUCAACUAUCUGGGCACGGUCUUGGUCAAUGGUCCCACCACGCCUUUAGUAACAGACAUCCAACCCGCCCAUAUCCACGUGGUCCCGCCUCAAACACCGUCUGACAAUCCUCCCGUGGGCUUAAGAGAGGUCUUCAAAAAGGACGGCCCAGAGGCCUUUGCCAAGGCUGUCCGGAACGCCCCGGGCACCCUUUUGACUGAUACCACGUUCCGAGAUGCUCAUCAAUCUCUUUUGGCCACUCGAGUGCGAACCCAUGACCUCAUCAAGAUCUCACCGUUCGUGGCUCACAACUUCUCUAGCUUGUAUUCCGUGGAGAAUUGGGGUGGAGCCACUUUCGAUGUGGCCAUGAGGUUCCUCCACGAAUGCCCUUGGGAGCGGUUGGCUUCAAUGCGAGAACGCAUUCCCAAUGUACCUUUCCAGAUGCUUUUGAGAGGUGCCAAUGCCGUCGGAUACACUUCCUAUCCCGAUAAUGUGGUGCACAAAUUCUGUGAGUUGGCGGUGAAGGAAGGCAUGGACGUGUUCCGCGUGUUCGAUUCCCUCAACUAUCUACCCAACAUUCACUUGGGAAUGGAAGCCGCCGGCAAUGCUGGAGGAAUCGUGGAGGCUGCUAUUUCCUAUACUGGCGACAUCACCGAUCCCAGCAAGACGAAAUACGACCUCAAGUACUACUUGAAUCUCACUGAUGAGUUGGUGAAGGCUGGAACGCACGUUUUGUGUAUCAAGGAUAUGGCGGGUCUGCUCAAACCCCGGGCUGCCACGCUUUUGGUGGAUAGCAUUCGCCAAAAGCACCCGGAUUUACCCAUUCAUAUCCACACACAUGACACUGCGGGUGCAGGCGUGGCUUCCAUGUUGGCUUGCGCCCAUGCGGGUGCGGACGUGAUCGAUGUAGCCGUCGACGCCAUGUCAGGUUUGACCUCGCAACCUUCCAUGGGAGCUUUCGUGGCUUCUCUCCAAGGAACCGACAAGGAAGCCAAAGGCAUUGACAUGGAUAAGAUCAGCGAGUAUUCCGCCUACUGGGAGCAAACUCGAAACUUAUAUGGACCUUUUGAAUCGACGGCCACCAUGAGAUCCGGUAACGCCGAUGUCUACAAGCACGAGAUUCCUGGAGGACAAUACACCAACUUGCAAUUCCAAGCCUUCUCCUUGGGCUUAGGCAACCAAUUUGAAUUAAUCAAGGAGAAAUACUGCGAGGCCAACCAAAUCUUGGGCGACUUGGUCAAGGUGACCCCUUCAUCGAAGAUUGUCGGUGAUCUAGCCCAAUUCAUGGUGCAGAAUAAGCUAUCCCGACAAGAUGUGGAGGACAAGGCAGAAGAUCUCAGUUUCCCGUCCUCGGUGGUGGAUUUCCUUCAAGGACAUAUUGGUCAACCCCAUGGCGGGUUUCCGGAGCCAUUCCGAUCGAACGUCCUGGGCAAACGUGAACGAGUGGAUGGACGACCCGGCGAAGAUCUCGAACCCAUGGAUUUGGAGAAGCUUAAGACUGCUUUGGUAGAGAAGUUCGGUUCAAAAAUAAAUGAUAAUGAUGUGAUGAGUGCGGCACUCUAUCCGAAAGUGGCUGAAGAGUUUUUCCAUUUCCGCGAGAAAUACGGCCCCGUGGACAAAUUGGGCACCCGUAUUUUCCUCGUGGGCCCCAAGAUUGCCGAGGAAUUCGAGGUCACCAUCGAACAAGGCAAAACAUUGCAUUUCAAAACUCUGGCUUGCUCCCUGGAUCUGAACCCGGAAGGCGAGCGAGAGGUCUUCUUCGAGCUCAACGGUCAAUUGAGAUCCGUGUUCAUCAAGGAUGAAUCCAUGGCCAGCGCCUUGAACCUCCGUCCCAAGGCUGACCCUAUGUAUGUGGGUCAAUUGGGAGCCCCCAUGAAGGGUGAUGUGGUGGAUGUGAAAGUGAACGUGGGUGAUCAAGUGGAGAAAGGUCAGGUUCUGGUAAUCCUUUCGGCCAUGAAGAUGGAGAUGUCGGUGCAAGCCCAAAAGUCGGGCAAGGUCACCAAAGUAUUGGUUGUGAAGGGCGAGAAAGUUGAGGGCGACGACUUGAUCGUCGAGAUUGACGAGUGAUCAUGGGCAAUUACUUGUGUCUAAAUCUGCUUCCCAAACCACCACCCACCCAUGUGUCUAUUUUAGUCCACGUUUAUGAAAGUGUUUUAAUAGCUACUAUUUUUCGGCAGAGGAAAAAAAAUACAUUUUAUUCAUGUU